UCCGAUAACAGAGAUCUCCGAACGGUACCGUCCAUAUUUGUACCACGCCGCGUUGAUUUCAUCCACCUUCAAAUUUUCUUUCUCCUUUUUUCUCUGUAUUUAUUGAACCAACGGCACAGUGGAAAAAUCAAAGGUGAAGAGAACUGGAAAGUCCACAUCUUCUACGGCGGAGAUGAAGCCACCUUUCUCAUCUCCGACCUCCUCCUCUGUUCUCAGAAAGGCUCGCUUUUCUCCAUAUCUCUUCACUUUACUGGCCUUCAUCGUCUUCGUCGCAGUCCUCUACGGCGAGGACUUCAGCUGCAUCGUCGAACUCGGUUCCGAAUCGGACGGCCGCCCAAUCGAGAAGAGGAGGGAAAAGCUGCCGUUCGCCAUCGGAGAGAUCGAGGGAGGGCGGUGCGAUGUGUUCAGCGGGAUGUGGGUUCGGGACGAGUCGAAUCGGCCGCUCUACGAGGAAUCCGAGUGUCCGUACAUACAACCACAGUUGACGUGCCAAGAACAUGGAAGACCUGAGAAAGAGUAUCAGUUCUGGAGAUGGAAACCUCAUGACUGCUCUCUUCCCAAUUUCAAUGCGACCUUGAUGCUUGAGACCCUCAGAGGGAAGAGGAUGAUGUUUGUGGGCGAUUCCUUGAACCGAGGUCAGUAUGUUUCUAUGGUCUGUCUUCUUCAUUCACUUAUCCCUGAAGAUGCCAAAUCCAUGGAAACCUUCGAUUCGCUCACCAUCUUCACGGCCAAGGAGUAUAAUGCGACGAUCGAGUUCUACUGGGCACCAUUUCUUCUCGAAUCAAACUCAGAUGAUGCUGUGAUCCAUAGGGUAUCUGAUAGAAUAGUGAGGAAGGGUUCGAUCAACAAGCAUGGUAAAUACUGGAAGGGCGUGGAUAUUUUGGUAUUCAACACCUAUCUUUGGUGGAUGACUGGCCUGAAGAUGAAGAUCUUGCGAGGUUCGUUUGAUGAUGAAGUGAAAGACAUCGUGGAAAUAACGACGGAGGAUGCUUUCCGGAUGGCAAUGAAAAGUAUGUUGAAAUGGGUAGAGAAGAAUAUGGAUCCUAAGAAGACCAGGGUCUUCUUUACUAGCAUGUCACCCUCUCAUGCAAAGAGCAUAGAUUGGGGAGGUGAAGCAGGUAAGAACUGCUACAAUGAAACAACAAUGAUCGAAGAUCCAACAUACUGGGGAUCAGACUGUCGGAAAAGCGUAAUGGAGGUUAUUGGAGAAGUGUUCAGUAAAUCAAAGGUGCCCAUUACAUUUCUCAACAUCACCCAACUUUCAAGUUACCGCAGGGAUGCUCACACUUCAAUCUACAAGAAGCAAUGGUCUCCAUUAACCCCAGAGCAGUUAGCAAACCCCGUAAGCUAUGCUGACUGUGUGCAUUGGUGUUUGCCUGGCCUUCAAGAUACUUGGAAUGAACUUCUUUUCACCAAGCUUUUCUACCCUUAAAACAAAAAAAGUAAAAAAAUCAUUAAUAUCCCUCUUGCAAUCUAAAGAUUAUUUUCUUUCAAGUAGCCUCGAGAUGAGGUAGUCAGUCCAUUGUCAUUCAUCUUUUUGUAAGAGUGAAAGAAAAUUCAGCCUUUUUUACAAGUAAAAGGAAACAAGAGGAUCUUUGUAAAAAUAUCUGUAAUUGUUGCAAAGAAUUAAUAAGAUAAUGGAUCUGUUUUUUUGUUUUGGUUCUAA